CCUGCGUUUCCACAUGGGGAACUGUAAAGCAAUUUGUCACUUCUACUACACCAUUGUUUAAAGUGCCAAGUAAAGUUCCAACUACGCGCUUUGCUUCUUCAUUUCUCCUUUCAUAACUGUCCACAAUCGCUAAUACAAAAUGGCGGCCAGUUUAACUACAUGUGUCACUAAAGUUUAUAUUCACCCAGUUGCUGUAUUUGCGAUUGUGGACAGUUAUGAAAGGAGAAAUGAAGAAGCAAAGCGCGUAGUUGGAACUUUACUUGGCACUUUAAACAAUGGUGUAGUAGAAGUGACAAAUUGCUUUACAGUUCCCCAUGUGGAAACGCAGGAAGAGGUUGCCUUUGAUAAAGAAUAUGCCAGUUCCAUGCUGGAAUUGUAUAAAUAUGCUUCUCCAGCAGAGGAUAUUGUUGGAUGGUUUGCCACUAGUCACGAUGUCACAGGACAUUCAACCCUCAUUCAUGAUUAUUACUCCAUCGAAUGUGCAAACCCAAUUCAUUUUACGCUGGAUACUCAACUUAAAACGGGACACAUGACAACAAAAGCCUAUGUCAGCUCUCUAAUGGGUGUACCUGGUGGCACGAGAGGAAGUAUUUUUACACCAGUGCCAUGUGAAAUCAAGUCCUACGAACCCGAAGCUAUUGCAAUUCAAACAUUUGCCAGGAAUAAGGGUGGUUCAAAAAAACCGACCAGCUUGCUCAGUGGUGUGCAGCAUGUUUCAAGGUCAGCCAACGACUUAGUGGAUCGAUUAAAGAAUGUUUUGCAGUAUGUAAAAGACGUUAUUAACGAUACAACACCAGCCAAUAAUGAAGUUGGACAAAAAUUGAUGGCUAUGCUUGGUCAAGUACCGCAGAUGGAUUCGAAACAAAUCGAAAAAAUGAUGAACAACAAUAUGCAGGAUUUGUUGAUGGUACUGUACUUAGCCAGCCUAACAAAGACACAAUUAUCUGUUGGGACAAAAAUAAACAGCAUUAUAUAAUUUAUUAAAAAGCAUUCACAAA